UGACCAAAAUUCGUGGAUGCCCCAGCAUGGAUAUAGAAAACAAAUUUUUGGUGCUAAUUUUUCUUGAAAAUGCAAGAGAAUUGCGUGUCAUUGUAUUAAUAGAUGGAAAAAACGGUUUGAUUAUUGCUGAUUUCAUGGCUUGUGUUAGUUUUUUGGGUAGAAAAAGAGUAAUUUCUGAUGCUAAUUAGGACACCCUUAACCAAAUACCUUUUCUAGGACAGAGUUUGAUCGACGCCACUAGAACUUUCUCUGUCUAUCGGGAAUUACUAUUGCCUGUCUUGAUCUCUGCUCUUGCACAUGACUGCCUGUCGAUCUCGCAUUGGCUUGUUGUUCUGCCACCAAGCUGAGGACGCCUUGAAUUCUAGCUUUACUCUGCCGGAUUCGCUGCAGGCCCGGGGCGGAUAAGGAUUCCAGUGGGUUUAAAUGUGGGUGGUUGGGUAGCUACAGGUAAAAGUAAAUAGGGAUGAUCUCUGUAACUCUGUUACUACUGCCUUGCAUGAAUGCUGGCUUUACUGCACUCUGAAUCCUCACUUCAUCCUGUUCUUACAUUGCUCAGUAUCUCUAGUUCUCUACCUGAUCCACCAUAUUAGGCAUCAUCAGAUUGCUGCAUAAUUUCUGCAUUUGCCAUCUGUGAGCUGGUCAAGGAUUGGCUUUUGUGAAUCAUGUAAAGGUUAAGACACAACUCCACUGUCAGCGUAAGAUGAGCACCAUGCAUGCUGGCCCAUGCAUCUCUGUCCUCUGUAGCCAGUGCAGUUACUGUCACUGAGAUGUGGGUCUUGCUGCCAAGAAACAUGGGCUGGGGCACACCUCAGCCAUAGUCCAGACAUCCCAGCCAAUGCCUGGCCGGUCUCAUCACAGUUCAGCUGUUCCUCCGCCAUGAAUGCUUCAACACUUCACACAUCCACAGUGAAUGCACCACUACCUCUGCACCUCAUCUCUGCAUAUAUAUAUAAAUGUGUGUGCCGAGCAGCUGGUUCUUGGAGGAGAACCAAACCAAGUAGAGUCUGUGGAAGCAAUCAAGCAGUAGUGCAUCCAGCCAGAGCCAGCCAUGGAGAAGAGAGGCAGCAGUAGUUGCGCCGCGAGCCUCCUCGUCGUGGGCCUCCUGCUGGCCGCCGCCUCGCUCGCGUGCCACGGCGCGCGCGACGUUCCCGCCGGGCCGGCGGGGGAGAAGCCGCUCCGGCCCCAGAACGUGUUCGGGUUCGGCGGCUUCUACCCGGGCCCCUCCGUCAGCUGGGUCUUCCCGGGCCCCAACGGCGUCACCCCGCAGGUCGGCUUCGGCGGCAUGCCGGGCUCCAGCGCCUUCCCCGGCGUCGGCGGCAGCGGCGGUGUCUCGCCGUUCACGCCGGGUGGCGGCGGUGGCGUGGUCGGCAUCCACGGCGGGGGUGGGGGUGCAGCGGCUGCUGCUGGCGCCGCGGCGAAGAAGCCGUGAGACUCAGAUCGAGCGAGGUGGCCGGGCUGUCAGGCUGUGUUGGUGGUUCGGGGACAUGCGUGAGGUGGUAGAGCUUCGUGACUCGUGAGUGUGGUGUGUUGUAUGGAAGGUUGUUUAGUGGUAUGAGCAAAGUCUGGCUUUUUCUUGUGGUCAUCGUGUUGUGUCCUGCAUGGUUCUUAGUGCUUUGUUGUAUCCUGUGCUUGUGUGUGAAGGACUUGCUCUCAAGUGGUUCCUGCCAAAUCUUGUGUGCUUCUAUAUGAUCCAUAUUCUUCGUGACCA